CCGUUCCGUAAUUUGUACAAGCACUUAUGUAAAUAACCUAUAGCAAUAUAUACAGCACAGGAAUGUCUGACAUAAUCUAUAAUAUUCCGCUGGAUAUACACGGGCCGAACGCCUGGGACGAUUCGGCUUUGAUAGAAGCCUAUGAUAGAGCAACAGGAAACUGGGAGUCAAAACUGGACGAAAAGAAGCGUACAAAAAAUAGGAAAAAGUUAACAGCCAGAGGGCCGAAGGGAGUGAGCAGAUGGAAAG